AUGGAACAACUGAGGAUAUCUUCACUUCUUUCGCCUAGUAUCGAACCGGAACGGGAUUUGUCGGCUUCCAAGAGCCAGAAUGUUCCACAAUCUCCAACACAGCAAGCUAGACAGGGCUCUAAUCCGCCCAAGGUUAUUCUGCCGACACAGAAAGCUGGGGGAAACGCCCUUGCGAAGAACGACUCGCCUGACGCUCCGGGCGUCUUGGUCGCUCGGAUAAGCUCACCAGUAAACUUGUCGGGUGAAAAGGCGUCAGGGCAGACUAAGAAGCCUGCUGUUGCAGCUACAUCUAGCGCUGGAGGUAAAGUGGCAGAAAAGGAGAAGAAAGUGAGCCUGACCGCCACGGUGCCGUCGAAGCCCAAGGCCAACACGAGGACCGCAGGUGAGGGCAGGAAAGUCUCGAAGACCGUCAAGAAGGACGCGACUGCUCCUGCAACAUCUAAGAGUGGAUCGGAAAAGAGCACCGCUAGCAAAGGGCAGUCUGAGAACGAGAAUGGUGGCAAACAGAACUCGGAGAAAACUACCGCCAAGAAAGAAGGCAAGAAAACUGCUAGUAAAGUAUCAGAUAAAAAAGAAGGCGGUGUGCCUUCUAAGGCAGGUGACACCAAGAAGAAAGCCGCUGUAAAGAAGGAACAAAGCUCAUCAACGAAGGGGAAGACGCCUAAGAAGCUAGUCGCGGCGCCAGCAAUAAAGUCGCCCUCUUUACUUGACCUAUUUGAGCGUGGAAAAGUAACGAAAGAGAUACAGGAUCCUACGAUAGUUUUGGAUGUUCCAUUGUACUCUUCUAAGACUAAUGAGUAUUUAGACGAAAAUGGUCAAGUCUCAUUCAACUUCUACAAGCUUGUUCACGAUAAAUUCCACGCUACACAGAGUGAGAGCAACAUAACUGAUGUUAAAGUUGCUAAAAGAAACCUUUUGACUCAGCUGAAUACGACAAACACUGUUGGAAAUGCAGAAGAUGAAGAAGGCGAGGAUCUUGUGGAAGUUGACGAUGAAGGAGAUGACGAUGAGGAAGAUGAAGGUGACGAGGAAAAGAUAAUGGCCUCACCGAAGAAAAAAUCACAUCCAAAUAAAGGAAAAAGUCUAAUUGGUAAAUAUGAUAUCGAGGAUCCUUUCAUUGACGAUUCCGAGCUGCUCUGGGAAGAACAGCGUGCAGCUACAAAGGAUGGAUUUUUCGUCUAUUUUGGACCACUGAUUGAAAAAGGACAUUAUGGAAGCCUUGAAAGGACGGACGGGACGAUGAAACGAGGUGGCGUGAAGAAUAAAUAG